CCAGAGUCACGUGACCUCCGCCUCAGCUGACCCCAAGAGACCGGAAGAAGAAGGUCUCGGGCCGGGCUUCCUGGCGCUAUGAGGUUCCGGUUCUGUGGUGAUCUGGACUGUCCCGACUGGGUCCUGGCGGAGAUCAGCACACUUGCCAAGAUUUCCUCUGUGAAGUUGAGGUUGCUGUGCAGCCAGGUGCUAAAGGAGCUUCUGGGACAGGGGAUUGAUUACGAGAAAGUCCUGAAGCUCACUGCCGAUGCCAGAUUUGAGUCGGGUGAUGUGAAGGCCAUGGUGGCAGUACUGAGUUUCAUCCUCUCCAGUGCGGCCAAGCAUAGUGUGGAUGGCGAGUCCUUGUCCAGUGAAUUGCAGCAACUGGGGCUACCUAAAGAGCACGCAGCCUGCCUGUGCCGCUGUUACGAGGAGAAGCAAAGCUCCCUGCAGGAGCACCUGCGGGCCUGCAGCCUGCGUGUGAACAGGCUGGCAAGUGCGGGCUGGCGGGUAGACUACAUCCUGCGCUCCAGCCUACUGAAGACUGUGGAAGAGCCCAUGGUGCGCCUGAGGCUGGAAGUGGCAGCUGCCCCGGAUGCCCCGGCCCAGGUUGUUGCCCUGUCCCUCUCAGCAGACAAGUUCCAGGUCCUCCUGGCAGAACUGAAGCAGGCCCAGAUCCUGAUGAGCUCCCUGGGUUGAGGACAAGAGUGUUUGUGGCCUGCACGGAACUGCCCUACCCAUGUUGAGUGGCUGCUCUCUGGCUUUCUAGGUUCCUGUCUUAAGGAUUCAGCAUAAGGAUCCUGAGGACUUUUCCAAUACUGUCUUCUCUUCCCCAUGAAAGAUACUUGUCAGUGGUUUUCCCGAAGAGGAAGAAUAAACAGAAGUAUAAAGGAG